CGAAGAUCGGGUUCUUUAGAACCCUCCUCGUCCCGGGCUGCGCACCGCUCGCCAUUGGAACGCCCCGCGAGGCCGAGCAUCAGAAGUUCGGAACCACCCCGGCCGCGCGCCGCUCGCCGCUCGCCGUCGGAACCCCCGCGUGGCCACGCACCGCUCGCAAUCUGGUUCCGAGUUCAGCUGUUCCGCUGCCGCACGCCCACUUCAUCUGCACUUUGGGAGUUGGCAGAGAUGGCGAGUGAUAGCCAUUUAAAGACAUGGGUGUCGGACAAAUUGAUGUCGCUGAUGGGCUACUCCAAGAGCGUGGUCGUGCAAUAUGUCAUUCGUCUAUCCAAAGAGUCUUCUUCGCCAGCUGAUCUCGUGAGCAAGCUUGUGGAGUUUGGAUUUUCCUCGUCAGCGGAUACUCGCUCUUUUGCACAAGAGAUUUAUGCCAAAGUUCCACACAAGCAAUCCGGUUUAAGCGUAAGCCCUUUCUGCAAAAUCUUAUGUGGUUUGAACUUUGUAUACCUAUGUCCAUAAUUGUUUUUACUCAUU